AAUCCAACCAUUCAUACAAUCACUUCAUUUGGACACAAGAUAUGGCACAACAGUUGACACAUUUGAUGGCAUUACUCGACACCACAGAUGACGGCAAUGAAGACAACAAACAACAGACACAGAUAUACGCGAAGAACUCAAUGGACAGAUUCGGUGACGACAUGUGUGCACUCAUAUUGUCUUAUCUCUCAUUCGACGACCGAUUUCGUUAUGAAUGUGUGUCCAAACAGUUCCAGAGGACAGUCUUUGAGAGUGUUGUCGACAUUCAUAUUUACGACCGAUUUAUGAAUAAAAUAAUGAAUGAGAUGUCAAUUGACACACAAUUGUUGGCCACAAUUGCCAUAAAUCCCUCAAAAGUGUUGACGUAUGGUGUGAUGGAUCCGAUACUCACGAGACUUUCCCCGAACUGGCCGUACAAUUGCCGCGAUUAA